AUGCAGGUCCCCAUGCUCUCCUGCCCGCUCAAGCAGACCAACGAAAUCGACUGGGUGCACCCGCUCAAACACCACAUCCGCGCCGCCUACGGCGACGACCCCGAGCGUUACUCGGCGCAAUGCAACGAGCUCAACCGGCUGCGGCAAGACGUGCGAGGCGUGGGCAGCGAUAGCACCACCGGCAGAGACGUGCUGUACCGCUACUACGGCCAGCUCGAAUUGCUGGAUCUCCGCUUCCCGGUCGACGAGAACCACAUCAAGAUCAGCUUUACCUGGUUCGAUGCUUUCACUCACAAACCUACCAGCCAGUACAGCCUGGCGUAUGAGAAGGCGAGCAUCAUCUUCAACAUCUCUGCUGUCCUGUCGUGCCAUGCUGCCGCGCAGAAUCGGCAUGAGGAUACCGGGUUGAAGAUGGCGUAUCAUUCGUUUCAAGCGAGCGCGGGCAUGUUCACGUACAUCAACGAGAACUUCUUGCAUGCUCCCUCCACGGACCUGAGUCGGGAGACGGUCAAGACUCUGAUCAGCAUCAUGCUUGCGCAGGCACAGGAGGUGUUUAUUGAGAAGCAGUUGAUGGCGGAGAAGAAGCCGGGCAUGCUUGCCAAGCUGACUGCGCAGGCGGCAUAUUUGUACGCACAGGCGGUCGAGGGCGUGCAGGAGAAUGUGAACAAGGGGACCUUCGAGCGGGUGUGGUUGUUGGUGACGCAGCUGAAGCAGCACCAUAUGGCCAGUCUGGCGCAGUACUAUCAGGGCAUCGCGGACUAUGAAGCCAACAACUACGGGCAAGCCAUUGGUCGCAUUAUCGCUUCGCAAACCGCCGCCAAGGAAGCGACUCGGGUUGGAAAUACUCUGCCAGCGACCAUGUCGCCAUCAAGCAAUCUGGGUUCCGAGACUGCAGGCAUCCUCAUCGAAAUGGUCAAGAAGCAGUCCGUGGCGGUGCAGGAGAAGCUCGCGGAAUACAACCGAGACAACGACCUCAUCUACCACCAGACAGUACCCUCCGAGACGAGCCUCUCUCCCAUCCCCAAGCUCCCGGCUGCGAAAGCGAUUCCCGUUAGUGAACUAUAUCAAGGCCAGGACAUUCAGAAAAUCAUCGGAGGCGACAUCUUCCAGGCCAUCGUGCCCAUGAGCGUGACGGAGAGUGCCAGUUUGUACGACGAGGAAAAGGCAAAGAUGGUGCGAGCGGAGGCGGAACGAUGUCAAACUGCCGACGACGAACUCUCCACCUCGCUGGACUAUUUGAAACUACCGGGAAGUCUGAACAUCCUCAAAGGCGGCCUGGAUCAAGGCAAUAUGGGCGUCGACGAGGAGUUCCGACGCUGGUGCAGUGAACUCGCCGGACACACUCCUUUCGGCCCCGUCUUUGACCAGCUGAAGGAGAACAAGCAGGGCGUUCUCGCCGCGCUCGACGCUAGUAUGAAUCAGUUGGAUAUGGAGGAGUCGGUGUGCGAGAAGAUGAGGAGCAAGUACGGCGGCGAAUGGACGCAGCAGCCUUCGAGUCGCCUGACUAGCACCCUACGCACGGAUGCGCGAAGCUACCGAUCGACGGUCGAUCAAGCGGCGGCGAAUGAUGCACAGCUGUAUGGGACAUUCCGGCAGUACGAGAGCGAUUUUGACGAGAUGCGGUCGGCGGGGGAGACGGAUGAGGCGGAUGUGCUGUAUCAGCGGGCCAUGAUUAAAGCAGGGACGGGCAGGAAGGGAGUGCAGAGUCCGGGUGGUUUGGCCGAUGAGGGCAAUUUGUUGGACGACGACUUUGCUGAUCACAGCCAAACGAGCGUUGCUGACCAGAUUGAGCGGGUGGAGGAGCUGAUUAAGAAGCUGCAGCUGGUGAAGAAGGAGAGGGCGCAAGUGUUGAAGGAUCUGAAGGAGAAGAUCCACACCGACGACAUCAGCAGCAUCCUCAUCCUGAACAAGAAAGCGACGACCAACCAAGACGCCGCGCUCUUCAAAUCCGAGCUGGAGAAAUUCCGCCCACACCAGAACCGCAUCCUCCAAGCCAACCACAAGCAAUCCUCCCUCAUGCGCGAACUCACCAAAACCUACGGCGAACUCCUACAAGACAAGCGCGUGCGCGGCGAGCAAAACCGCUACGAAGCCUUCUCGCGCCAACGCAACACCGUGCUGAACAAGUACCGCAAAGUGCAUCAAGCGUUCGUUGAUCUGCAGGCUGGCCUGGAGCACGCGAAACGCUUUUACGACGAGAUGAGGCAGACGGUCGACAGUUUGAAGAAGAACGUCGAGUCGUUUGUCGAGAAUAGGCGGAGUGAAGGCGGUGCGCUGUUGGCUGCUAUUGAAGCGGCAAAAGGCAGCGGAGCAGAGCGCGAGCAAAACCGGCUUAAAGAGCUGAUGGAGCGCAUGAGCGUGAACCCGUCUUCGCCCGUGCCCAACGAGCCGAGAGGACCAAACACCGGCCAUCGACCGCCUCCUCUCCAGAAUUCCUACCAACCCGUCCGCAGCCCGCCCAUCUCACCACAAUACGCCCCCAACGGCGGCAUGCAACCCUCCCCGGGCUUCCAAUCUUUCCAACGCCCCAUGUCCUCCACAAACCACCCGCAAUUCCGCUCAGACGGCUACGCCUCGCCGCAAAACGCCUACAACCCCACCGCCUACCCGCCUCCCAUCUCCCCCGCCGCGCACCAGCAGUACUUCUCCCCGCCGCCCAAUGCGCAGAACCAGCCGCAGCAGCCUUCCACAACGACGUACGGCCAACAGCAGCAGUACGCAGGUGCGGGCUCAGGCAGCGUUCCCCCGCCUGGUUGGCAGCCGCCGCCUCCGCCUCCGGGUCCGCCGCCUGGUCAUGGGCAGUAUGGGGAGUAUGGAGGGCAGCAGCAGCAGCAGCAGCAGCAGCAGUUUGCUUCUUCUGCUUAUGGGGGUGAUGUGAGGAGGAGUGGGGUGCAGCAGCAGCAGCAGCAGCCCUCUUCGCAAGGGCAGAAUGGGGAUCCUUGGGCGGGGUUGAGUGCUUGGAAGUGA